UUCAGGAAAGGGGCGUUUAGGCUACUCAGCUAGGGAGCGCUUAGGCCUCACUGAACUACAAACCCCGAAAUGCAAAUAGAGGCAGUCAGAAGUCUUCGGUUGGUGACCUGCUCUGUGACGUCAGCAUUUUACCCUCACGUGACGCGGGCAGCCAAUCAGGGUGCGCAGCGGAGAAUUUCGAACGAGCGGGAAGGAACAGCUGAGGAGGGGGGAGGGAAGGAGGAUAAAGAACUAGAGCGGCUGCUCUGGAGUGCAAAGAGUGCGACUGGGCCGGGUUAACGCUCGCCUCAUUCACCGCUACGUCAGAGCCAGCGAAAGAGGCCAGAGGCACACACAGUUUAGAAAGUAAAGUCAACGGCUGAGAUCCUGCAUCAAUAGACAUGGCUGCCUCUCCCCCCAAAAAUUACCAGUGCAGUAUGACUAGAGAAAGGUGCUUGAAGAAGUCAUUUAAAGACAGCUUGGAAGAUAUAAAGGAACGAAUGAAAGAAAAGAGAAAUAACAAAUUGGCAAAGCUGGGCAAAACAAAGCAGUUCUUAACUGCCAAGGGUAAAAUUACAGGCAUCUCUUCUGCACAACUGAUGAAUAGCUUACAAGAAAAUAAUCGUGCACUAGCCCUGGCUUUACAAGAGGAGAAGACUAAAAGGAGGGAAGCAGAAGAUACUACUUUGUAUUUUCAAAAAGAAUAUCAGCACCUGAAAUUUCAGGUGUUUGUCUUACAAAGAAAGCUAGAGUUGCAGGAAAAAGAAUGCAACCAGCCUAGAUUAGUGGCAUUGAAGAAGAUUAUUCCUAAAGUGAUUGAAGACCUACUCAGUGCAGCAAAUCUUCUUGGUCCUGCAAAUGAACAAUCUACAACAGAUUUUAACCAGUCUUUGUAUCCUUCAGAACAUGAAGAAUAUGAUUCCAGUAGUUUAAGAAACCAAGAUUCUAUGACACUUCUAAGACAUGUACUUCCUGCAGACGUAAGUGAAGAAGAUGAAACGUUUAGAACCAAAGUGCAGGAUAACUUUAAUAAGAAUGAUUCGGAUGUUAAAAAUACAUCUGCAACCAUAACAUCACAGACAGAUACAGGUCAACAAAGUAGUUCUCCUAAAGAUCAUUUGGACAUUGAAAGCAGCUAUUUUUCUUUAAAUGAAGAAGAUAGGCAAGUUGGUAAAUCCUUACCAAAACAUGUAUCGACCCGGCGUCGCAAUUUGGGGAUUACUAUCCAGAAUGAACAGUUUGCAUUUGAUGAUAAUAGUACCAGAAUAACUGAUCCCAUAAAAGAUCCUUGCCAGCAAGGUAAGACAGGACUUGAGACAAGUUUAAGGGAAGAUAAUGAACAACACAGAGAAACCUAUGUUUGCGAAGAGAAUAUAAAUGAGAUUGAUCAGAACCUGGGGCUGUCAGAUAUGCUGAAUGAAUCAAAUACCAUGGCAGCAGCCACAACGCAUCCUGAAUUUAAAAAUUCUGGAAAUCUUAAAACACAGAAGAGAAAACUAGAAACGCUGAAGAAUGUAUCCAAGUCAAGAUUCAAGAAAAAGAGAAGACAUUCCAAAGAGCACUUUUCUAAUGAAAGAACAGAUAUUUCACUUGGUUCCAGUGAUGCUUAUGACUUUACAUGUGAGGAGAGUGUCCAUGUUACACCUUUCCGGCAGAACAAAGAAAAUGAAAGCAAAACGGAUGGUAAAAAUGACUUAAAAGAAACAGAAACAUGUAGUAGUGAAUCAUUCGUUUCAGAAGAGGACUCUGAUGAUAGUCUGUACAUUCCUUACAAUGAAAAAGGAAAAUCCAGAAAAUCCUAUGAAUGUGUUGUGAGCCCAGUACACACAAGACCACGACUGAACAAGAUUAUGAAUGAGCAACAUGAUAGAAAUGCUAACAAGGAAAACAGCAAUGCUAAGCAAGAUGAGAAAUUUUCAGACAAGAUAGCUGUGUUAGAUGAACCACCUUCAGCUUAUCAAGAACGUCUCCAUCUUGGCAAUAUUACCAACCUUGCAUCUUCGUCAUCUAGCCAAACCAGAGCUUCUCACCCCCUCCUCAGUGCUGAAGGAACAUAUACUUCCAGCAAUAAACGUAGAUGUACACUUUCUGUGAAUUAUAAGGAACCAACCAUCAGCGGGAAACUGAGAAGAGGGGACCCCUUUACAGAUACCUGUUUUCUGAAUUCUCCAAUUUUUAAAAACAGAAAGAGCAGAAAGACUAUUGCAAAGAAAUCACUAUCAAGAUACAAUGAGGCUUUUGUUGGCUGUCUUUAAGAUCAUUUUUCAAGCAUUUUGAUUUCAUUCACCUCAGGUGUAUGAAUUCUGAGGUUAUAAAAUUAAUUCGGAAAAAUGUAAAUAUAUAAUUUGUACAUAUUGAUGUUCAGAAUUGACUUUUUCAGGUUAUAUGCGAAAAGGCUUUGAGCAAUAACAUAUUAAAUGUGAAAAUGUAAAUACUGUAGCUUUUUUGUAGCUGAUCUAUAGAACUUGGGAAAGUUUAUACAGGAGACAGGAAUAACUUUUAGUUUGCAAUGUAGGUUUUAUGAACUAAUUAGUGUUCAAGUUCAUUUUAGCCUCUGUACCAAAUGUAAUUGUUGUAUUUCUUUGGCGCAUUCUGUUAAUGGCAACUAAAUUGUACUGAAACUUUUAAUAAAAUGUUUUAUAACUGAAAA